AUGCAGAUGACACAAAGGAAUGGUACUCUUUUCUAUGAACCUUAUGUGUUCAAAAACCUUAGACUUGUCCUAGAACUACGACUCAAUAAAACUGCCAUCAAUUAUGCUUUGCACUGUGCAGGUAUCAAUUGUUUGGCUGUGCUAAAACCUACAGUGCCUGAUGGGCUUGACCACCUCUUCACUGGGAGUCGCGAUGGCACAUUAAAGAAAUGGGAACUGACUGAAGAUGGUGCUACCUGCUCCACUACUUUUGAAUCACAUGUUGAUUGGGUCAAUGAUGCUGUCCUUGUAGGUGGAAACACACUUGUGUCCUGCUCCUCAGAUACAACUGUUAAGGCCUGGAAUUGCUUGUCUGAUGGAACAUGUGUGAGGACCCUUCGUCAGCACACUGACUAUGUCACUUGCCUUGCCGCUGCAGAAAAAAAUAGCAAUAUUGUUGCCUCCGGUGGGUUAGGUGGAGAAGUAUUCAUAUGGGAUCUUGAAACUGCACUUGCUCCACAUUCUAAGUCAAGCGAUGCAACUGAAGAUGACUGUUCAAAUGGAGUCUGUGGGUCGGGAAGUUCCUUGCCAGUUAGUCUUCGACCCAUUAACUCAAGCAAUAGCAUUUCCUUACACACAACUCAGUCUCAAGGAUAUGUUCCUAUUGCUGCCAAAGGCCAUAAAGAGUCAGUUUAUGCAUUGGCCAUGAAUGAAAGUGGAACACUUCUUGUUUCUGGUGGAACUGAGAAGGUUGUGCGUGUUUGGGACCCAAGGACUGGUUCGAAGACCAUGAAACUUAGAGGACACACAGAUAAUAUUAGGACGCUGCUGUUAGAUUCUACUGGCAGGUUUGUCUUAUAA